AAGGUUGAUAAAUUUUUUUUCCAGAUGAGAGCAUGACACAGCACACUGGUUCUCACAACAUACAGCAGCAUACUAACCCCAAACAUGUAUCUGUUUUUUCUAAUCAGUGGGAUUGUCUUUAUUCCACAAGCCUAUACUCUAAUCUGUAAUGAGUGUAGUACUUUUGGUUCCACAUGUGAAAGUACUGGAUCGCAAUGUUCUGAGGCUACUCGCUGUGCAACCUUGAGAAUGCUUACCUACUCUGGAAAUACAGAAGAGUUUGAUCACAUGUUAGGAUCUUGUUCCAAGGCUGAACAUUGCUAUGAAGGCUCAUUCAAUACCGGAGUUAAGAGGAACUUUUUCACCACCAAGUGCUGUGACACUGACAAAUGUAACCGUGAGCAGCCACCCCUUCCAAAUAUCAAGUCCAACCCGAAUGGAAAAAAGUGUUACCGCUGCGAUGGAGUCGGAGAGUGCACUGGGACUGUGAACUGUGAUGGAGACCAGACUUACUGCGCCACUGGCCAAGAUGGAGGAGAAACAGUGAAAGGAUGCGCCACUAAGAGCAUGUGCUUUAAUCCUCCUCCACUUCUACCAGCCAAAUUGAAGACUCUUAAGUGCUGUGAGGGAAAUUAUUGUAAUGGGAGCUCAGGCACCACGGCCAGUCUGCUGUUACUGACCACCAUGCUACUCUCGCUCUUACUUCUCUCAAACUAAAUGUUGGUUGUUUGGUUUUGUCCCCUGUUUUGUCACAGACACCACAACUCUUACCUGUUAAACCUGAUUUUGUUUGCUUAGUUUAAGUAAUUUGUUUAUGCACUGAUUUGUGCAGCUAUUUUAGAUCACUUUUAAAUUAAAUAAUAAGUCUUUUAAUUUACCUUUUUACAAUCCUUUUAACCAAAUUAUCACUUUAUUUUACCUCUUUUAUUCUACUUCCCUAUUCCUGAUUGAGCUGUGUCAUAGCCCCAGUGUCCUCUGCUUUGUGACAUGUAAACAAUAUUACAACCAUGCUGCAUAAAUAAAAUAUGUUUCACAAA